UAUUCGGUCACCGGCAUCUAACGCGGGGGGGAAUGCAAGCCAAGAAGACUGCAUUCUUACCCUCUCCUCUGUUUUGCGGGGGAGAUUAGCGCGACGGUGCUCUUCUUUUUCGGUCCGGCUUCGGUGAAAGUUGUUCAAUUCAGGAACACCAUUGUGGGGGAAUAAAAAAAGCUCUCUCGGGAGAAUUAUUCAAGGGAGACUCAGCAUCAACAACGACAACUCAGCACGAAUACUGAGCCGGAUUAGAAGAAGCUGAUUGACUCAUAUUGAUUCACGCAGGCUUUAGCACCUUCUCGGUAGUCCGAAUUAGAUCUGCAGCUGAGAAUUAGCAACAAAAUGCCGUGGAAAUAGCAAAACUUGAAAACCAGCCCAUCUGAAGAGCUGUCACCUGUUUACCUCUUAUGACCAGUGCAUUGUCCGCCGUCAUCAUCAAGGUAAUGACAAUCAUAUUCGCACUGACAAUUGCACAGCGCGUAGGGAAAUGAAUACAAGUGGAGCAAAAAUGAAUACAAAAAAGGAAAAUCUUCUUAGCGCCAAAUACAACAUUAACAUUAUUGUAUGCAGCGCGCGAGAAGAAGAAUUGCCUUUUUUUUUGGUUGCAGGUUCUAGAGGCUUCUUUGGUUAUCGCGUGUCGGACAUACGAUCAAGAAUAAAUGUCAAGGUAAAAGACUCUUUUUCUUUUUCCACCACCACAAUACCAAUCGCCAGAAUGUCUUCAGCUGAAUUGAAAGCUAAAGGUAAUGCUGCUUUCUCAGCAAAGGAUUAUCAAACAGCAAUUCAACAUUACACAGACGCAAUCGCAGCCGCAAAAGGUCCAGAAGAUGCAGUUCACGUUUUGUACUCCAACAGAAGUGCUUGUUAUAGCGGAUUAAAACAAUGGGAAAAACUAAAGGAUAUUCAAGCAAAUCCAGACAAAGCAAUGACUGCCUUUCAAGAUCCAAGAAUGAUUCAAGUAAUGGGCGUAUUGAUGGGAAUUGACUUGCAAGCAUUCGAACGACCAGAAGGUAGCAAUGAUUUGCCUGAAAAUUUGGAACAACACCGAGAAGGUAUCGAAAAACAAACUCAACCGAAAGAGGCACCCAAACCAAAGAAAGCCAAAGGUAAUGCUCUUUACAUGAAACGUCAGUUUGACGAAGCAAUUGUGCACUACCAAAAAGCAUGGGAGUUGAAUCCCAAGGACAUCACAUAUCUCAACAACUUGGCUGCUUGUUAUUUCGAAAAAGGCGACUACCAAGAAUCGAUCAAACAAUGCGAAAAGGCAAUCGAAGAAGGCCGCUCUUUACGAGCUGAUUAUAAGUUGGUCGCCAAGGCAUUCGGACGAAUUGGUUCGGCGUAUGAUAAGUUGGACGAUUUAGACAAGGCUAUCUCCAAUUAUGAGAAAUCAUUGACCGAGCACAGAACGCCAGAAAUCUUGAACAAAUUGCGUACCGCGGAAAAGACCCUCAAAGAACGUCAGAAGCAAGCAUACAUUGACCCUGCAAAGAGUGACGAAGAGCGUAACAGAGGUAAUGACUUGUACAAGGCUGGUGAUUUUGUUGGCAGUGUUCAAGCAUACACUGAAAGCAUCAAACGUAACCCAAGCGACCCAAGAGGAUAUACCAACCGCGCAAGUGCCUACAUCAAAUUGGUCGCCUUGCCUGAAGCUUUGAAAGAUUGCGAAGAGGCAAUCAAGAUGGACGAAACGUUCACCAAAGCAUACAUUCGUAAAUCCAACGUAUUGUUCAGCAUGAAGGAUUACACAAAGGCCUUGAACGCUGCACAGAUGGCCAGUGACAUUGAUGGAAAGCAUCACAACAACGCUUCUUCGCGCGAGAUUCAACAACAAAAAGACAAGAUCAUGCAAGCCUUAUACGCCGAAAGAAGUACGGAAACCGAAGAGGAAACAUUGCAAAGAGCAAUGCGUGAUCCUGAAGUGGCACAAAUCAUGCAAGAUCCCGUAAUGCAAUCAAUCUUACAACAAGCACAAUCCGAUCCACGUGCAUUACAAGAUCAUAUGCGAAACGAUAAAGUUCGUUCAAAAAUUGAGAAAUUGAUUGGUGCAGGAAUCAUUAGAACUCGUUGAAAAGAUGUAAUAAAGAAAUGUCAUUUAUUUUUUUUGAGAUU